CAAUCCCUCGCAGGGAGAUCUGUGACACUCCUGGUCGAUCCGUGCCAUGGACCAGACACUAUAAAAGCUCACCGCCAACAGCCAUCCUCGAUGCACUGGACACAGCAACCUCUUCGAGAACUAAUUCCAGCGUUGGACUUGGAGGACUAAUAUAUCUUCAGCUAUCUCUCGUCAUAUCGCGUCGCGAGGAGCAUCUCUGGAUACGUGACUUCAAUAGCUCAUAUACGCACUCUGUCGGUCUCAAGCGGCCCCAAUCAUGUCUGAUCUUGAUAAUGAGCUCCUCGCUCUCGCCGGAGGAGAUAUCUCGCAGACCGAUUUGAACCCCCCAAACUCUCAAUCUGCCCAUCAAGGUGCUGCAAAACGAACCAAGAAGAGCAGCAACAAUCCUGUAAAGCCCAAAAAGAGGAAAACCAUGGAGAUGGAUACUGAAUCAGACAUGGAGAUGUCGUCUGGUUCUGAUACUGGCUUUGCCAAAGAGGAAGAUAAAGAUGGUCCAAGCCGAGUGACGUCGAGUAAUCUAUAUCCGUAUGAAGGAAUAUACAAGGACGCGGCGGACAAGCAGAGGAUACAGAGCAUGUCCGAGUUGGACCGGGAAGCAAUCUUAGGAGAUCGACAGGACGAAAUCCAAAAGAUUCGGGAUCGCGAAAACGUCAAGAACAUGGUCCGUGCCAGGGAUGAAGCCUCCGGGAAAAGAUAUAGUGCUAGAGACAAGAGCCGGAUCGGAGUCACUUCGGAAAAAACUCAAAAGUUGGAUGAGCUUAAACAGAGACGACAAGCUAAAGAAAAGCGCCCCAAGCCUAACGAGGCUGAUUCGGCUGAGCUCAACCGCAAGCGGAACGGCUUGAAUUAUGAAUCCGAGGAUGGCGAAAUCGACAUCAUCGAAGAACAAGCGAUCGACCGCGGCGUGCGUGCGGCGAAAAAAUUUGAAGACAACGCCACGUUGAAUGAUAUCCGAUCGGUCAUGCUGACUCGCUCAAGAGCAGCCGAACUAUGUUCGACCAAAUUUUUCGAAGAAUACGCCAAAGGGAUGUGGGUCCGAGUCUCCGUCGGCUUCUCCAAAGAUGAUCCUAAGCGUGAGGUGAAGUAUCGAGUUGGUGAAAUCACCAAUAUCGUCCAACACAGGAAAUACUACGAAGUCGAAGGACAAGCGACCAAAGUCGCGCUGGUCGUAGUCCUUGCGAAAGAUGAGAAGACUGUCCUCUUAGACGUCGUUUCCAAUUCUAGUAUCCAAGAGAAUGAAUGGCUAUUUGUCGUUGGCGAGUGUCAAAAACAUGCAGUCCGACUACCGUCAAAGAAAGAAAUUUCUCGAAAAAUCAAAAUGAUUGAAAAGUAUCAAGACUGGGUGAAAGACGAGAGCGACAUCACGGCACAAGUAAAAGCAAAGAAAGAAAUGCGCGCCCAAGGGCUUGGCCCGACAACGCUGACGAUCUCAGAGCGGUUGCGACUGGAGAGCGAACGGGACCAAGCGGCUGCCCUGGGAAACCUGGAAUUAGCCGCGCAACUGACGAGACAGCUGGAACAAGCCUCGGGAGCGGUGUUCAAGACCGACUCGUUGAUGUCGGAGCUCAACGAGCGCAAUCGAAAGGCCAAUCGUGAGGAGAUCCGCAGGGCUGAAGUAGCGGCGAGCGAGCUACGCAGGCAGCAGAUGAAGGCCUUGGAGGCUGGCGCCGCCGUCAAAUUGGAUCCUAGCGCUAGAGUUAAGAUCAAUCCUAAAUUAACUUAUGAAGCCAGGUCGUCAACUCCUUCACAGGUAGCAAAGCCAUCGGCCAGCGGAACUCCUAGCAGCUCUACCGCCUCCUCGGCGAUUACUAACAACGCGACCAAGGAGAAAACUCAGCUCUCCAAAUUUGAGGAAAUGGUGGCCAGUCAGGUUCAUGUAGACAUCGAUAUUGGAGACUUCUAACCACCGAUCUUUCUCUUGUUUGCAUUCUUACUCCGUCCAUGUACGACAUACUUUCCUCACGUUCGCACCUUGUUUUUUUUUUUUUUUCUUUAUGUUGCCUGUGUAUGUACAAUAGACGAUAUCGCUCCGCUUGCUUAAUCCUCUUGUCUUCUUUCCUUAAUCCUCCUCCAAUCACUUUGUGAUGUUGAUCAAACAAGUGAGGGGCUUGUUGGAGACUGUCCUCGUCCACUUAUUUGAAACCCUUCUUGGCUUUGUUGCCAUUUCUCAAAACCUGUUCGCG